UUUCAAGGUGCGGGGGCGGUCGGGCGGCGGCGGGGGGAGCGAGGGGCCAAGCAAGAUGCGGCAGCCAACAAAUGCGCGGUAACCGGCAGCAACCACCUCGCGACAUUGCUGUUUAUGACAACAACCACUCCCACUCCGUCCACUCCGUUCACUCCGUCUCUUAUCCCUUCGCCUCGUCGCCUCACCACACUGCCCUCCCUCUCUUUCAUCUUGACCCUGCCCGCCUCCCGCCUCCGUCGCGCCGUCACCUGCCCGCCCUCUUUCCCCCACCCUCACACUUUCUCGCCCCUCCACGCUCGGACGUUCCUCGCUCGACCUGGUCCCACCCUCCAAUACCCAUAACGCGCACGGGCAGGGAUGAACCACAACAUCCAUUCACUCAAAUGUGUGGUUGUCGGUGACGGAGCAGUCGGCAAGACAUGUUUGCUCAUCUCGUACACAACAAACUCGUUCCCGGGGGAAUAUGUGCCCACAGUCUUUGAUAACUACUCGGCAUCAGUGCUUGUGGAUGGGCGACCGAUCUCGCUCGGGUUGUGGGACACAGCGGGGCAGGAAGACUACGACCGCCUGCGCCCUUUGUCAUAUCCCCAAACCGACGUCUUUUUGGUGUGCUUUUCAGUGAUGAGUCCACCGAGCUUCGAAAAUGUUAAAACGAAAUGGGUCCCAGAAGUGCGGCACCACGCGCCUGGCGUCCCGAUGAUCCUGGUCGGCACCAAGCUCGACCUCCGCGACGACCCCGUGAGCGUGCAGCGGCUCAAGGAGCGGCGGUUUGCGCCAAUCAGCUUCGCGGCGGGCCUGCAGCUGGCCAAGGAAAUCGGGGCGGUGCGUUACGUCGAAGCGUCGAGCAAGACGCAGAAGGGGCUCAAGAGCGUGUUCGACGAGGCGAUCCGCGCCGUGCUCACGCCGCACGACCGCAACCUCACCCUCGACCCCAAGGAAAAGAAGAAGAAGAAGAAGGACUGUGUGAUUCUCUAGUUCUAGUCGGACCAUGUAAUCGGGUUCGCGGCACCAGAGUGCCGCGGCUUACGGUUGUAUACUACAUCUAUGUGCC